AUGACUCAACACGGUCGGCCGCCGAAGCGCAGCGGCGCUCCUUCUUCGGAUCAGCCUUCGUUGCUGCAGACGAAGAAGCAGCAGCAGCAAGCAGCAGCAGCAGCAACAGCAGCAGCAGCAGCUGCUAGUGAGCAAGCCGAGACGGCGACUCACAGCUCGUGCCCCUCGCUUCCGUCUUCCGCCACAGCGGGCGACGACGCAGCAGCAGCAGCAGCAGUAGCAGCAACCCCGUUCCUUCCGGCGUGGGGCCCCAGCCAGCUGCUGCUGCUGCGCAAAGCAGCAGCAGCACUUUUUGCUGCUCAGCGGCUGACGCUGAAGGUGAUUCCCGUGGCAGCUGCCUAUACACCUGAGCUUUCCCCCAAGAGCAGGGGCAGCAGCAAGGCCCCCCAGCAGCAGCAGCAGCAGCAGCAGCAGCAGCAGGACCCCGCGCUUGCUGCGCUGCAGCAGCAGCAGCUGCGCAACCUGCGGGAACACCUGCCCCGCCGCAUUGCUGAGAACUUGUCUUUUUGUUUAUCUGAUGUCAAUACACCUCAGAGCAGCAGAAACAGCAGCUUGCCGCUGCAGCUGCUGCCGUCUGUACACCCCACGCGGCGGAUUCCUGCUGCAGUGCUCGAGGCAGCAGCAGCAGCAGCAGCAGCAGCCGCGGAGAAGGUGCAGCAAGAGGCGGCAGAGCAGCAGCAGCAGCAGGACGGCUGCGAGUCCGACGGCAGCAGCGAAGCUGCCUCCGCUGCAGCGCCCUCCCCUGCUGCUACUGCUGCUGCCUCCGCAGCAGCUGCUGCUGCUGCUGCAGUCAUUGCGGGACGCAGCAGCAGCAAAAAGGCCUGCAGCAGCUUGCAGCGCAGGAAGCUGCGCUCGCUCCAGGACGCCUUAAGAGAAGAGACCUUCUCAGGCUUCUGGCUACUGCUGCUGACGGACAAGUAUCGCCUGCAGCAGCAGCAGCAGCAGCAGGCAGCAGGAGACAGCGGCUGCGGCCGCCUCUUCAGAGUCGUGUGCGGCGUCGUCCGGCGCCGGCUCCGCAGCAGCCGGAGCAGCAGCAGCAGCCCCAGCAGCAGCAGCAGCAGCAGCAGCACCAGCAGCAGCAGGAGGGCAGCUAAAAAGACUUGUGGUUUGUGGGGCUUUGGUAGAAAUCCUUGA